UAUAAUUCUCAUAACUUAACGAAAAAAAUUUUAUAACAGCCCUGCUGUUGUACGAAGAAAUUGAACGAUGAAGAGUAUCUGUCACACGCAAUGGUUUUUUAGUCAUCGCCGCGGUAGAAGAAUAUUGUGCAAAAUUAUUUGUUAUUUAUCUUAAAAUUAGUUAUAUGAAAUAAGUGGAGAACUGGCAGAAAAUUAAAAAUAAUUUCAACUUUUGAGGACGUAGCAGAAAAUGGAUAGCAAAGGACGUAAUGUUAUCGUUUGUGAUAAUGGAACCGGUUUUGUAAAAUGUGGAUAUGCCGGUAGCAAUUUUCCAGCACACAUAUUCCCAUCAAUGGUUGGCAGGCCAAUCAUACGCGCAGUCAAUAAAAUUGGUGAAAUCGAAGUCAAGGAUUUACAUGUCGAUGAUCUAAUGGUCGGCGAUGAAGCAUCUCAAUUGCGUUCCUUACUAGAGGUGUCCUAUCCUAUGGAAAAUGGUGUUGUACGUAACUGGGAAGAUAUGUGUCACGUAUGGGAUUACACUUUUGGACCCAAAAAAAUGAACAUCGAUCCAACAAAUACAAAAAUUUUACUGACAGAACCGCCAAUGAAUCCGACUAAAAAUCGAGAAAAAAUGAUUGAAGUUAUGUUUGAAAAAUAUGGUUUCGAUUCAACCUAUAUAGCUAUACAAGCAGUGCUAACAUUAUAUGCGCAAGGUCUGAUAUCCGGUGUUGUUAUAGAUUCCGGGGAUGGUGUUACACAUAUAUGUCCCGUUUAUGAAGAGUUUGCACUGCCGCAUUUGACAAGACGUUUGGAUAUUGCUGGACGUGAUAUCACACGGUAUCUAAUUAAGUUACUUUUAUUACGUGGUUAUGCUUUUAAUCAUUCCGCUGAUUUUGAGACUGUACGUAUGAUGAAAGAGAAACUAUGUUAUAUUGGUUAUGAUAUUGAAAUGGAACAGAGAUUAGCGUUAGAAACAACAGUUUUAGUGGAAUCAUAUACGCUGCCGGAUGGUCGUAUAAUUAAAGUUGGUGGUGAACGUUUCGAGGCACCAGAAGCCUUAUUCCAACCGCAUUUAAUUAAUGUUGAAGGGCAAGGUAUUGCUGAGUUAGUGUUUAACACAAUACAAGCAGCUGAUAUUGAUAUGCGUCCAGAAUUGUAUAAGCAUAUAGUACUUUCCGGUGGCUCAACUAUGUAUCCAGGUCUUCCUAGUCGUUUAGAGCGUGAAAUUAAACAAUUAUAUUUGGAGCGUGUGCUGAAGAAUGAUAUUGAUAAACUAGCGAAAUUCAAAAUACGCAUUGAAGAUCCACCAAGAAGAAAGGACAUGGUAUUCAUUGGUGGUGCUGUGCUGGCUGAAGUAACAAAAGAUCGUGAUGCAUUUUGGAUGUCGAAGCAGGAAUAUCAAGAGCAAGGAUUAAAAGUAUUACAGAAGUUAACGAAAAUUACGCAGUAGUGG